AAUUCCAGUCUCGAUUCAGAUGUCAAGAGGCUUUCGACCGGACCAUCUAUGCUCUCGGAGCCCUCCCAGAUUGGGUCCCUCGCCUAACUAGCGGUCCCCAGCUCGCCAAAGUCGUACUGUCCAAGAGCCGACAGGAUGACGAAACCUUCCUCGGACAAUGCGUGCAGUAUUUCAGCAACUACUGCGAGGAUAUCAUGGCCGUUGACGACAUGCGUUCGAUCAUGACUAAUGUUGACAUUCGAAGUUUUCUUUGGAAGCUCUACGAGAUGCCAUUACCUUAUAAAGGAAACCGAUACAAGCGCAGAAUGAAUGCAUUGUUUUGCGAAUUCAUUUUAAGAACAACAGAAGGCAACAUACCUUUUACUCAAGAGGAAGCAGACCAUUUUGCUCUGCGUUGUAUUGGCUGGUCCGAGACUGGAGCCAAACCGAUGGCCGAGGCCUGCGAGCCUGAUUACAAGAAUCCGAUAUUCCUGGCUGCAGUGGCGCUUUUGUCGCUUCCCGCUGAGAAUCGCCGAGUCCGAGUCAUACAAGCGGCUUUGCUAUUGACCUGGACCAUAGAUGAUGAGGGUAAACAGCCCCAGCAAGCAACCCGCCUACUUCUCGUUAAGGUUUUGUUGUCGCUCGGCCUUGGAGAUCUCGCCAUCUCAAUAUGGCACACAUUGACCAUCAAGAACUUCGUUGGCGAUGCAAUGGCACAUAACAUGUUCUCUCGAAUAUCGAUCCAACAUCCUUUAGCAAAGCCUUGCGAGCCGUACUCCGGCGGUCCCAACAAAUCAUUGAGGGUCUUCAGAUCUGCUCGGGAGAAGGAGCGCACGUUAACCAGAGAGCUAGAAGCUAGUGUCCAGUAUUACGAUCGCGAGCUUGAUAAAGAUCUGCUGGCCAAGGGCAGAAGCCUAAGAAAGUUUGUCACAGAUGACAGUAAGUUGGCCGUUGAACAAUCUUCGUUGCCCAAGAAUAAGUCGAUGGGAUCUCUGAGUGGUAUCAUCGAACGCUUGAAUUUGACCCUUGAGCUGGAUCACAGCUUCUCUAGAGCCAUGGUGCUACUCGAACUGCGACGCAUCAAUCGUAUGACAGGCGACAGGGUCGUAGAGUGCCAGAUCCGUGAGUAGUUUCCCCAAGCAUAAGAAUUUUCCACUGAUAUCUCCAGCUCUUGGCUCUCCUGAGACCAUUAUAGACAAGCGAGACUUCAAGCUUGGUUCCGUCGUAGCGCCACCAGGCAUGCCUGAAAUGUUUCCCAUUCCUACACACAGCGAAGUAGAUGUUAUGGGCAAUCCUAUCCCUAGACAGGCUUGGCUAUCUGCUUUCUUGAUUGUCGAGAAUACGCAGAGUCUCAUCUACGGAGACCGCCCGCUUGUCCUUGACUGUGCCGCACAUGAGCAGUAUGUGUCGAAGCAUCCAGAGGAGUACCGAAGUGAGACUACCGAGUCCGAAAAGGCCGCAUUAGCUCUCUGGAGCAUCGUACGUCGCGUCGCUGUUCAGAUGUCCACGCCGGGAGAGUCAUUGAACGCAGACUGGGAGGAGCUUUGUGCUGCUGCUGACAGUCAGCUUCCUUUCUUCGGCAAGAACUUGCCGAAAAUAUAUGGCAA